AUGCAGUUAGACUCAGUUAUAGCUGGACAAGAGAAUGAUGAUGAAUAUGUGGCAGAUGCUUUGCUUGCUGUAAAGCUUAACUUUGUUUCUUCAACUGAUGAAAUUGAUAAAUUUCCAAAAUAUUCCCCUGAAUUUGCUUAUCAACAUUUUGGGGAAACUGAAAAGAUUGUUGGCUACAAAAAUCUUUCCGUUAAUGUAAUAUAUUCGGAUGCUUCUCUUUUUCUUACUUCAUUGGUUAAAUAUGAUGGAAUUCUUAAUGGAAAUUCAGCUAUUCAAGUAUUUUAUUAA